AAAGAGGAGAUAUAUAUAUAUGCGCAUAGAAAUUUAUAAAUCAAUAAGAGAGAGAGAGAGAGAGAGAGAGAGAGAGUGCUCCAGGAAAAGCACAAACAGCACAACCUUUGUCCUUGUCCUAGAGAGAGAAAAAAGUAUAAAAUGAUAUAGAGAGAGAGGAACAAAGUAAACAUUUUUAAGAGAGAGAAAGUGAGGGUUGGUGCAGAGUUAGCUCCUGACUAAAGGAGAGAGAGAAAGCAGCAAAAGAGGAAAAAGAAAGAAAGAAGGAAUAAAAAGAGGCUCAGAAAACCCUAAACCUAGAAAAAAAAUGGUCUCUUUUGCUUUUCUCUGUUGAUCAGUAAGAUGCCUGUAUUUUUCUUCAUCAUGCGGUGAAAAAAAAUUCGAAGCUGUAGGAAAUGUUCUCUUUCUGAAAAAUUGGGGUUCUACAAGUUUGCAUUUUUUGGCCGUUUUGGAUCUUUGUUUUAGAACUGAAACAUUUUGGGUUUUCUAUGAGGUUUAUCUGAAGAGAAGCUGCUUAAAGAUAUCCGCUAUUUUUUUUUGGGUGUUGGAUAUUUAUGCGAUUUUCCUAGUAGUUUUACUUGGUUAGUUCUGUUUUUUGGAAAAAAAACUUGGGGUUUUCUGUUGUUUGGAUGAGAGGCAUUACUUGUACUGACUUGAAAGAUUUUGUUGUUUUCACACAAGCUGGUGACUUGAGGAAGUUGUUUCACGAAUAUUUUUGAAGCAAACAUUUUUGUAUCAAAGGAGAGCUGAAGAAACAUUUUCUGGGUCUACUUCAUUUCUCGUCGUGUAUUUUUUUUUAUAAUUUUUUUUAACAAUUUUCGAUCUAAAUAGUAAAUUAAGGAAAACCCGCAUCUAUUGCGGUUGAUUUAGAUCUUUGCACUGGAGCGAUUGGGAUUACCGGGGACAAUGUCUUCGUUGAGUAGGGAAUUGGUGUUCUUGAUCUUACAGUUCUUAGAUGAGGAGAAGUUCAAGGAAACAGUUCAUAAGUUAGAGCAAGAAUCUGGAUUUUUCUUCAACAUGAAACACUUUGAAGAUCAAGUCCAGGCCGGAGAGUGGGAUGAAGUUGAGCGCUAUUUAUGUGGCUUCACGAAAGUUGAAGACAAUCGAUAUUCAAUGAAGAUUUUCUUCGAGAUUAGGAAGCAGAAGUAUUUGGAAGCUCUUGAUAGGCAGGAUAGGGCCAAGGCUGUUGACAUUCUUGUGAAGGACCUUAAAGUUUUUGCAUCUUUUAACGAGGAACUUUUCAAGGAGAUUACCCAGUUGCUUACUCUUGAUAACUUUAGGCAAAAUGAGCAGCUUUCCAAGUAUGGAGACACAAAGUCAGCUCGGAAUAUCAUGCUCAUGGAACUCAAAAAGCUAAUUGAAGCAAACCCGUUAUUUCGUGAUAAGCUUGCAUUUCCAGCCUUCAAAAGUUCACGUCUAAGGACUUUAAUAAACCAGAGUCUAAAUUGGCAACAUCAACUUUGCAAGAAUCCUCGUCCAAACCCUGACAUUAAAACACUCUUUACGGAUCAUUCUUGCUCUCCAACUGCUAAUGGAUCUCGUCCUCCUCCUACAAACAACCCUCUCGUGGGACCAAUACCUAAGGCUGGUGCAUUUCCUCCUAUUGGUGCCCAUGGUCCAUUUCAGCCAGUUGUCUCCCCAUCUCCUGGUGCUAUUGCUGGGUGGAUGUCGGGCGCUAAUCCUUCGUUGGCUCACCCUGCUGUGGCUGCAGCAGCCCCUCCUGGUCUUGUGCAACCUUCUAGUGCAGCAGCUACAUUCCUGAAGCACCCAAGGACUCCUACAGGUGUUACAGGGAUGGACUAUCAAUCGGCUGAUUCAGAGCACUUGAUUAAGCGUAUCCGCACUGGACAAUCUGAUGAGGUGUCCUUUUCUGGUGUUAUUCAUGCUUCCGCUGUAUAUUCACAAGAUGACCUUCCAAAAACUGUUGUUCGGACCCUCAGUCAAGGAUCUAAUGUAAUGAGCAUGGACUUUAAUCCACAGCAACAAACUAUUCUUCUAGUUGGGACAAAUGUUGGUGACAUCAGCCUUUGGGAAGUUGGGUCUAGGGAAAGGAUUGCUCAUAAGCCUUUCAAGGUUUGGGAUAUACAAGCUGCCUCAAUGCCAUUGCAGACAGCCUUGUUGAAUGAUGCUGCAAUAUCAGUGAAUCGGUGUGUUUGGGGGCCAGAUGGGCUCAUGCUCGGUGUUGCAUUUUCAAAGCAUAUUGUUCAGAUAUAUACUUACAAUCCAACUGGAGAUCUGAGACAACAUUUGGAGAUUGAUGCACAUGUUGGUGGUGUCAAUGAUAUAGCAUUUGCUCAUCCCAACAAGCAAAUGUGUAUUGUUACAUGUGGGGAUGAUAAGCUGAUUAAGGUCUGGGAUGCUGUAGCUGGGCGCAGACUAUAUAUAUUUGAAGGGCAUGAAGCGCCUGUAUAUUCUGUUUGUCCUCAUUAUAAAGAAAAUAUCCAGUUUAUUUUUUCAACUGCCAUUGAUGGGAAGAUUAAAGCAUGGUUGUAUGAUUGUAUGGGAUCAAGAGUGGACUAUGAUGCUCCUGGACUAUGGUGCACCAUGAUGGCAUAUAGUGCAGAUGGAACCAGGCUAUUCUCCUGUGGAACAAGCAAGGAGGGUGAAUCCCAUCUAGUUGAGUGGAAUGAAAGUGAAGGAGCAAUCAAGCGUACAUAUUCUGGUUUUAGAAAGCGCUCUUUAGGUGUUGUCCAGUUUGACACAACAAGAAACCGAUUCUUAGCUGCUGGUGAUGAAUUUCAAAUUAAGUUCUGGGACAUGGACAAUGUCAACAUGUUGACAGCUGUCGAUGCAGAUGGAGGGUUGCCUGCUAGUCCUAGGCUGAGAUUUAACAAAGAAGGCUCAUUGUUAGCAGUCACAACAAAUGACAAUGGUAUCAAGAUUUUAUCCAACAAUGAUGGUUUGCGAUUGAUAAGGAUGCUUGAGGGCAGGGCUAUUGAGAAAAAUCGGGGCCCUCCCGAGCCUAUUAAUUCUAAGCCUCUGAUUGUUAAUGCACUAGGCCCAGUGGCAAACGUUUCUGGUGCUGUUGCUCCGACCGUGGAACGGCCCGAUAGAAUCCCUCCUGCUGUGUCUAUCAGUAGCCUUGGUACUAUGGACAACAGCAGGCUUGUUGAUGUAAAACCACGGAUUUCAGAUGAUGUAGACAAGAUUAAGAGCUGGAAGAUUUCUGAUAUUGUGGAUCCGUCUCAAAUGAAACCCUUGCGAUUGCCUGAUUCUGUAACCUCUGCUAAGGUUGUGAGACUGAUGUACACUAACAAUGGCCUAGCUCUAUUGGCCCUUGCUUCCAAUGCUGUUCACAAGCUCUGGAAAUGGCAACGUAGUGAAAGGAAUCCAUCUGGGAAGGCAACUGCUUAUGUUAUGCCACAAUUAUGGCAGCCUCCCAAUGGUACUCUUAUGACUAAUGAUGUGAAUGACAAUAAACCAGCUGAGGAAUCUGCUGCAUGCAUUGCUUUAUCUAAAAAUGAUUCUUAUGUCAUGUCUGCAUCUGGUGGGAAGGUGUCUUUGUUUAAUAUGAUGACAUUCAAGGUUAUGACAACAUUUAUGUCUCCACCUCCUGCUGCAACUUUUUUGGCAUUCCAUCCCCAAGAUAAUAAUAUAAUUGCCAUUGGCAUGGAGGAUUCUUCCAUUCAAAUAUAUAAUGUGAGGGUUGAUGAGGUCAAAACCAAACUCAAAGGUCAUCAGAGUCGGAUUACAGGGCUUGCAUUUUCCCAAACUCUUAACGUACUGGUUUCUUCGGGGGCUGAUGCCCAGUUAUGUGUGUGGAGCAUUGAUGGGUGGGAGAAGAAGAAAUCAAGGUUCAUACAAGCACCACCUGGUCGUCAAUCUCCAUUGGUUGGAGAAACUAAAGUUCAGUUUCAUAAUGAUCAAACACAUCUCUUGGUUGCCCAUGAAAGCCAAAUUGCUGUAUAUGAUUGCAAGCUUGAGUGUUUGCGCUCGUGGUAUCCAAAAGAUGCACUUGGAGCUCCCAUCUCAAGUGCAAUAUAUUCAUGUGAUGGAUUACUAGUUUAUGGUGCUUUUUGUGAUGGUGCUGUUGGAGUUUUCGAUGUGGAUAGCUUAAGACUCAGAUGUCGGAUAGCACCUUCUGCUUACAUACCAUCAUUUACUCUUAGUGGCAAUCCUACCUAUCCUUUGGUUAUAGCAGCGCAUCCAUCAGAGCCUAACCAGAUUGCUCUUGGCAUGAGUGAUGGUUCUGUACAUGUGGUUGAGCCAUCUGAUGUAGAGCUGAAGUGGGGUGGUGCACCCUCUCAAGAUAAUGGUUCACUGCCUUCCAAUUCAUCAAAUCCAUCUCUGAGCAAUCAAGCAUCGGAACUUCCUUCUAGGUAGUCAUGGUGGCUUGGAUUAAUGGCCGGUAACACGAGGAGCAUAGAGAGUUGAUUGUCGCAUGGUUUUCAUGAAAUUUUAAAGUUAGAAACCAUUCCCAUUUUUUGCUCUAAGCCAUUUACUCCAAACCAUGGCCUUUUCUUUCGCUUUUUUCGUAUUGUUGUUUGGUUAAAUCUCUAUAUUCGUUGUAAAUCUGUUCACUUGGUCAUAUUUGACAAAUGAGGCUGAAGGGGGGGAGGAGUUUGUAUAUUGCUAUGGUCUUUUACUGCAUGGGAAGACGCCCUGAGAGGCCAAUUUGCCUUCCGACACUAUUUUUAGGUGUUUUUAUUUUAUUUUAUUUUUUCUGUAUACAUAGUUAUAUAGAUAUUACCUCUUGGUUUCGGAAUCAAUAGAUCUUUUGCUGAUCAA